GUAUAAGAACAUCGAAAUAUUCGGCAGUAACGAAGUAAAGACAAUUAGAAUUUAUUUGAAUCUAGGAUAUUUUAAAUUUUUAAGGAUGGAGGAUCUUGAUGAUUUGAUUUGGGGAACGAAUGCGACCAAACCACCGACUCAAAAAAACAAUAGUACUCCAUUAAACGCAAUGCGUGACAACCAACUUAAAUUGCAAGAGCAAGAACAACGUCGUAAAGUACAUGAAGAGCAUCAACGAAUUCCAACCCAUUAUAAUCAAACAAAUUUUUGGGAUUCAUUAGAAAGGAAGGGAUCAC